AUUCAUAAUAUUGAUAAGCCGGUCGUUUUUGACGACAGAUUUUGACACUAGACAGUAUUGUCGAACGUAAAACGUAGUACGCUUGCUCAAUAUUUCAUUUCAUUUCAUUUUGAGACGUAGUCGCGAGCAUAACACACGCCGGUGAAAUUCGUUGAACAGAAAUAUAUUACAGGCAACUAAUUUGCAACAGAAAAAUGGUUUUCAUAACAAAAUUGGCUCGUGUCGGUGUACAGGCGGCUCGCCAGCUGCGUGCCACGCCUCUUGCAGCAUCACAGUGCCGCAGUUUUCACGUGAGCUGCUUGCUCGCCAAAGAACGGCGCUUCACAGACAAACACGAGUGGGUCGAGCUGCUGGACGCCAACAAAGCGGUUGUGGGGAUUUCUAGCUAUGCACAGGAAGCACUGGGCGACGUUGUCUUCGCCCAGCUGCCCGAGCCGGGCACGGAACUCAAGCAGGACGACGAAUGCGGCGCUCUGGAGAGCGUGAAGGCUGCCAGCGAGGUUUACUCGCCGGUGAGCGGCAAGGUGACGGAAAAGAAUGCAGAGGUCGAGGAUACGCCGGCGCUGGUCAACAGCAGCUGCUACGAGAAGGGCUGGCUGUUCAAGGUCGAUCUCAAGAAUCCCUCUGAAUUCGAGAAACUCAUGACUGAGGAGCAGUACAAAUCAUUUCUUAGCAGCAGCACCGAACACUAGACGGCUGUCGGGAAAUUGCUGUUAACCAAAACACGCCCGCUGUUAACUGUUAAUCUGCACCGAAACACAACAGACUCAUUCAUUUUCACACCCACACAUACACACCAUGUUCACGUUGUUGUUGCAUUUGGAUUUCGUUAUGCUUUAAGAAUAAACUGAAAAGCCAAAAAUUACACUUAAAACAA